UAGCUCGUCCACUCUCUUAAAAUCGCAGGGCGCAGCGGGAUAGCGAAAGGCAAAGAGAGAGUCUCGAGAGAGAAAAGAGAGAGAUCGUCGGUGAUUCUAAGCGAAUUUGUGGUUGAUCGGUCCAGAUCUAGCAGGAAUGCAGUCGCAGGCGUAUCCAUCGGGCGAGCAGGGCGGGGAUUACAUGAAGAUGUCACCCGGCGAGCAAGAGGCUGAGUCUCCGCACUCUCAGGAGGAGGGCGAUCACAAGAAGAAAUCCGUUGUGGGCAAGGUCAAGGACAAGGCGAAAAAGCUCACUGGCAAGAUCAAGGGAAAGUCCAAGAAGCGUAAGGAGGGGCAGGGAGACAAUGUCGAGGGCGCCGGCGGCGACACCAGUAGCAGCAGCAGCGAGGACGAGCAGGGAGACGAUACUCCUCGCUAUGAUCAGGAACAGCAGCAAACGGGAUACCAGGGAGCUGCCGCUACUCCAGAGGCUCGCCAUGAGGGUGCUGUUCAUGGUGGCGAACAUGAUUUCCAAUCCAGAGAACUUGAUCUCGGCCCAGAGAAGAAGGAAAGUGGUGAUCUUUUGAGCGGCGGAGUGCAUGGCCAGGCCGAUCCAAGUGCUCCUGCUCCUGGAUCCGAGUGGCCUCGCAGCGAUGAUGAGCCUCGCUCGGCGACUAGCGAAGCUCCAUCAUGGGACGAAACUAAGAAGAGGCAGGAGGAAGUUCCGGCCGCUCAUGGUCAAGAAUCGUCCGGACUUUCGUCAGGAUUGGAGUCUAGCGGCUUUGAAAGCAAGCCUCGAGGAGAAACUGAUUCGUCUUCUCUUGCGGCUGGAGCUCUAGCCGGGAAGACGGAGGAGAAGAUUCCCGAGGGUAUUAUGAAGCCCUCGGCGUCACAGGACGAGGCCAAGCCUGUUGUGGACGGCGUGGACAGCAGCGGCAGUGAUCUCUUGUCAUCCGAAGUCGUCGAUAAGUCGCCAAGCGAUAAGGUUGAUACCGAAGUUCCAUCGGAUCCGCAGCUCAAAACCAGUGACUCACAGAAGGGCUGGAUGCAGAGAGCUUCCGAGAGCGUCUUCUCGGUGAAGAACGCUCUUAUGGGAUCGCCCAAGGCAUCCACAACGGACACUACCUCUCCCACGGCUCCAACGGGUGUCACGGAAGGUACCGGACAGGAUUCCAAAACUUGGACAGAAAAGGCUCGAGAUGCCGCAGUCUCUGCAAAGGAUACAGUCAGCAGCAAGCUACCUUCGAGCACAGGGCCGACGGACGUACCAGCCUCGGGACAAACCACCGAGCAAACCGAGUCCGCCACUGGUACCACCCCGAGCGUCACGUCCCGGGCGAUGGACUCGGCUACCGCUGUCAAAGACACCGUUGCUUCGAAGCUGGGAUACGGUGGAACCGGUGCUCAGACGCCCCAGACUACUCCCGCGAGUGACGUCGAUUCGACAACGCAGUCUCCUCAGUCCGGUAUAACGCAGAAGGUGAUGGGCGCGAAGGAUGCGGUCGCUGCGAAACUUGGCUACGGUGCCGGUGCUGGAACCGAGACCGAAACAGGUGCUGGCGAGGGCAAGAACACGAAGCUUUUCACUCCGGACGAGCACGACACGGCUUUGUCGCAGAAGAUCACUGACAUGUUGACCCUGGGUGGCGGAUCGAAGAACACUGGAGCUUCAUCUCCACAGGCUACUACGCCGGAGGCUACACCAGCGAGUCCGGGUGCUACAAACCAACAGGGAAAAGGUGUUAUGGACAAAGUAACCGGUGUCAUGGGAUCGUUCCUAGGCAAGAAGCAACCGGACGAGAAAACAUCCUCGGAAGCUACCAAGGACACUGUGAUGAGCGACGCUACUGCCUAAGCAAGUGAAAGACGCAAAUAACGGAUGUACGUAAUUCUUAUGCUUUGUGACGUCUUGUAGAUACCGUUUAGCGAUAAUAAAAAACUAUUUAAGCGAACUUCCUUUA